UUUGAAAUCGCCGUUUUUUCCCAGAACUGCUGGAAAGAAGGGCGUUUGACUGUUCCUACCAUGGCGGACAUUCGACAUGGUAAAAAAGGAAAUUGGGGCUGAAUUGCGACGUUAAUUGCACUUCACAGUGAAAAGAGAUCGAGAAUUGACAAUGGAGAUGCCCGAAUGUUCUAUAUGUUUACAACAGUACGACGAAGAAGAAGAUAGAAUUCCGAGAGUAUUAUCAUGUGGGCAUUCUCCGUGUCACUCCUGCUUAAAUGAGUUGCCUCGCCACUGGACAGAUUCCAAUUCUUCCUCCUCUUCCUCCUCCUGCUUGAUCAGAUGUCCUGAAUGCACUCAAUGGGUCAAACUGCCUCUGCAGGGCCCCUCUGGACUUCCAAAAAACAUUGAACUCCUCCGUCUCAUUCAAGCUCUUCAACCAAAACAAGAAAGAGGUAAAUCUAAGCCAAAAGCCCACCUUUCUAGUAAUUUCAAAAACACGGAAUUCAAGCCACCCAAAUUCAAUGGUGGCUUAGACCCACACGGUCCUUGCACAGACUGGGCUAAUUGGAUCAUCCCAGAAGAUGCGAUUCGACUAGAAACUGCAGUCGAAGAAGAUAAUGAGCUUCUUCUUAUUGGGUUUCUGACGGUUGGACCUAAUUUGAAAAAACAGCUGAUUGGACUGAUGCCAAUAGGUCCUCAUGUGACCACCUCUUGCUCACCACCUUCCCCAAAAACCAUCAAAGGAAAUUCAUAUUCUGAAAGGAUAACAGGGUUCCUGCACAGUUUGGUGAAACCUGAAAGGUUGGAGCUGCAGAUUUUGAUGACACAUUCUUUGCUGAAUAGGAAAGUUUGUAGAGUAUUUGGGUUUUGGAUGAGUUGUGAGGGGAUUGUGUAUUUGGUUUGUGAGAAGUUACAGAGAGUAAAAACUAUUUCUAUUCAUUCUGCCCUGUCGGAAUUAAGGUCUUCAACAUCUGGUUUUAGCCCCACAUUUGAUGAAGUGUUGAACAAUUUGUCAAAGAGGGCUGCAGAAAUAUGUGAAGUUGUUGUUAGCCUUCAUUCCCAAGAGAUGGUUUGUGGCUGUCUGGCACCAGAAUGUUUUGAAUUUGACGAGUUUGGGCAUCCAUUGUUUAGCUUGAACAGGGCCCUUCUGUUGAGGACAACGGUGAGAGAGCUGAUUAGAAAUGCUGUUAGUGGUGGUGCCCAGAGUAGUAAGACAGGAGACGUACAGAUUACUGCGUCAAAUGCUUUUUGGAUGUACUUAAGUCCCGAGGUGUUGUCCAUCUUAUACCAAAGUGAGCAAGGGCGCAUUUCAAAUGAGAUUCAAGAAAGAACUACACACAUCAGCUUGAAAGCAGAUGUCUGGUCUUUUGGAUGCUUCUUGCUUAUGCUGUUGAUUGGAGAAUCUCCUUUCAAAGACCUUUCUUUUUCUGAAUUUUUUAGUGCAAUUACUAUAGAAAGGAUAAAAAUUGAUGCUUGGCUUGAUGACAAGCUUUUGUUGGAACCCAUGUUUUCUUCAGUGGACGUUUCUUUGAGAACUCAGUUUGAGCAUUUCAAGCAUAUUAUUUGUAAGUGCUUUGAAUAUGAGCCAGAGAACCGACCAGAUGCACAUGAUCUCUGGAGGAGCCUAAGUGGCUGGUCUACAUCUUCCAAACAGCCAUUCGAAGAUAAACCUUGUUGCAAUGCAUCUAAGCUGGCUAGUUUCUGCUUGGUUCUUGGGGAAUCAUUGUCACCUUUGACUACAGAGAUUGAAUACUGUGGAGAACAGGGAGCUGCUGAUGGUAGGUUAGAAAUGAAAGCAAACAAAUUAAAGGAUAAAUGUUCAAAUGAAAGCAAAGUGGUAGAUGCUCAAGGGACAAAUGGAGGUGUAUUAAGUGCCAAUCGAGAAUCUGAAUAUAAAAUGGAUGAUCUGGAAGUUAUUACUUUAAAAGGGCAUCUUGAUUGUGUGACCGCCUUAACGGUUUGUGGAGAUUUUUUGUUAAGUGCCUCUUAUGACAAGACUAUUUGCAUAUGGUCCUUGCAUUCUUAUUCUCAUUUGCAGACUUUAAGAGGACAUGAGCACAGAAUACUGGCGUUAACUAUCAAUGUAGAACAGUCUUUAUGCUUCAGUGGUGAUUAUGGAGGAUGCAUUUUUGUUUGGGCUAUUGGUACUGUCCCUAGACAAGAACCUGUUAUAACAUGGUAUGAUCAUAAAGACUGGCGUUACAGUGGAGUUCAUUCCUUAGCCAUUUCUAAAGAUGGAUAUCUUUACAGUGGGAGUGGGGACAGAACAAUAAAAGCAUGGUCAUUGCAGGAUUACAGCCUGAUCUCUACCAUGGAAGGCCAUAAGUCAGUAGUGUCAGCAUUGUAUAUCAAUGAAGGGCUUUUGUAUAGUGGAAGUUGGGAUGGAACUGUUCGUUUAUGGUGGCUUAAAGACCAUAGUCCUUUAACAGUUUUAGGGGCUAAUGCUCCAACUCACUUGUGCUCAGUGCAUGCUCUUGCCAUGUGCAACGGUAUCUUAAUUGCCGUUUAUAACAAUGGCUGGCUUGAGAUGUGGAAGGAUGAUAUCCAUUGGAAGUCGUUGCAAGUUCAUGACAGUGCUAUUUUGGCUCUAGAUUGUAAAGAUGAUUGGGUCUUCAUUGGUGGUUGGGACAAGACUAUUAAGGCCUUCAAUUUAAACAAUAUCGCAGAGGAGUUUACUCCCAAAGUCAUCAAUUGCAAUUCUAUAGUAACAUCAUUACUGUUCCAUCAAGGAAACCUUUUGGUAGGUUUUGCUGAGAAAUUCAUAAAGGUAACAAAGUUUUUUUAAUGUAACACAUUGGAGGAGCAAUUUAAGCUCUUAAAUCUACUCACUUGUAUUAAUCAUAACAUAAAGUGGUAGUGUGUACAUCUGCUACAUCUACCCGUUUUUCCCUAUUUUGAGGGAUUUAUAUAUUCGUGUAUGUGAGAGAAAUAUAUACAACAUUCUGUUUGGCAUAUCCUUCCUAAUGCACUCAAUAUUUUGCUUUCA